GUGGGGUAGAGAGAAUAUAAAAGCAUUAUAUUAUGACAAACAAAUAAGAGAUAUAAAUAAAUUAUCGGAUAACAAAAAUAAUCUCUAAUAAAUAGAACGAAACAUUGCUUGGCGUGUAAUCAAAAUACUGGAACUUUAAGUUUAAAUAAUAAUUAUUGUGUAUUUAUUUCAUGCUUAAAAUGGCUGAAAGGUGGAGUAGAACAGAAUUCUAUGAAUUGUGAUGUAUUCUCUUCUGUGGAAAGUUUAUCUUUUUCUCUUGUACACAGAAUACAAAUAUGCUAAUAGACAUUUUGACAAUUUAACCGUUUCAACUUUCAUCACCCACGUCAGUUUUCAAAAAUGGCUCAUAGGACGUGGCAUAUGUUUUCUUUAAUAACACUAAUAUUUACAAUUUUAUCACAUGUCGGCGAAUCAUCCUCGUCGUCACCGACACCAUGGUACGAAAAUCUACCAGCAGUCACCAUGGAUUACAAAGUACACAUCGACGCUGGCAAGGAAGACUGUUAUUUUCAGUAUGUCCAGCAGGGCGCUACUUUUUACGCGAGUUAUCAAGUGUUAAAAGGAGGCGACGGAAUGUGUGGGUUUGCGGUUCGGCACCCUAAUGGACAGAUAGUGCACCCAUACGAGUGGCGCCAGAGUGCGGAGUAUGCUGACCAGUCAAGCUCUGGUGGCUAUUAUGCCGUGUGUAUAGACAACCAGUUCUCAAGGUUUGCUGGAAAACUAGUCAACUUGUACCUUUCUGUGAUUAGGUAUGAUAAAUGGGAGCAAUAUGCAAAGGAGGUAGAGGAGCUUGAUAUGAAUAUCAAGAAUUUCACAAACUCAAUACAAUUUGUGGAGCGCAAUGUCAAUGACAUAUUACAAUAUCAAUAUCAUUCCAGAGCAAGAGAAUCUCGAGAUUAUAAUUUAUUAGUAGACAAUAAUGCUUAUGUAUUAAGGUGGUCGUUUAUACAAAUCAUAGCAGUUGCAGCAACAGGUACACUGCAAGUAUAUUUUGUAAGAAAACUCUUUGAAGUUAAGGAAAACUCGUCUAAAACAAGAAUAUAAUUUUUUUAAUAUUCUAUGAUAAGAAAAAGACACAAUUAACUCUUGACUGAAUCAACUCAUUCCUUGUUAACGUUAUUUUUAUUACUUACUAACUGAUCUCUUUUUUGCUAUUUUUUCUUUACUUGACCAUAAUCAUAAUUAGUGUAACAUACAAUAGAUUAAAAAUAAUAAGGUCAUAAAUAUUAGUUAAAAU